AAGGCCCAAAUAACGAGGCAUGUGUGUGGUCCAGAAUGCAGGAGCAUCUGGACCCGGGAGCCGAAUUGCAUUUCCGGCGUGUCAUUCGCCAAAAAGACAAAAAGCAGGUGUGGUCGGCAGCUGAAAGGGGUCCAGUGGCCAGUGGCCAGUGGCUCGUCCGAGCCCAUCAUUCCCAGCGGAAAGCAAGCUGACCUGUGCAAAAGGUGGACUUUUCGGUCAUUCGGUGACCAGAAGCACCGAGCCGUUACACCCGGCCGGACGAGGAGUAAAAGCUCUCCCCCAUUCCAAACUUCAGACAUGGCCGAACACCAAGCCCCAAAAUCCCCAAAUUCCACUUCGCCCCAGUCGCCUGUAGUAAUAGCAACAAGAAGCUAGCAGAAGAAAUGGAGGGCGACGAGAUCUUUGCAAGCCUAGACUCGCUCUGGUUCCACUCCAGCGUCCUCCACCGGCGGCCGCGCUUCAAGCAGUGCUCCGAAGAGUUGAAGCCGCCCAGGAAGCAGGAUCAACAUCCCAAAUGCGUCGACGACGAGGUGACGCUGGGGGCGAGAAGAGCGGAUCCAGGAAGGAGGGCGCUCCAAGAGCGCAUCGAGACAUGGCAGGAGGAGCAGUGGCGGCAGCCGACGCUCGUCAUUGCGGCACCGCCACGGUGCUCGCCCGUCGGCGAUGGUGUCGCCAUGAAGGCUCAUCUCAGGUGAGUUUACAAGGCUUCUCUGACAGCGAAGUCGGCGCCAUAACUUUUCAAGACUUCAAGUUACGUCAUGUAAAUAAGUCUUUUCGAGCGGAUAAUGUUGCACAUGCAUAAUCUAGUAGAGUGGGAUUCCCCAUUGCUCCAAGCCACGGAGAUCGAGGGAGUCUGUACAACUGUUAUUCUUCUGACGACGCUCGAGUUUGAAGGUCAUCUAGCAUAUCAAAUUGUGGAAGCAUCCAAACUUCAUGAGUGAAUAAUCAAACUUGGGUCGACAAUAUUCACACCAAACGGACACGCAAGGAAUAAUUGAUGUACGUUCUAUGAUCUUUAUAGACUUAGUCCGAUGGCAAGAUAUGAUGAUCUUGUAUAAUUGUCCACUAAUUAUGUAAUACUUCCUCUGUAAACUAAUAUAAAAAUUAUUUAAAUUACUAUUUUAGUGAUCUAAAUGCUCUUGUAUUAGUUUAUGAAGGGAGUAGCUUUGUAAUAUGAUGGAUUCAUGGUGUCUUUUUUUCAUCUCCUUGAGAAGGUUGGAUUGUGAA